GUGAUGGGUUUUCUGAGAUAAUCCUGCACUUUCCAUCUCUAUGCCACACUUGUCUGCCACUUUUCCAUCUCCUCAGUAACCCUAAUUCUCCCAAACCUAGCUAUCCUCUCCUCUCUCAUCAGCUCCUCCAUACCUCUGUUGCUCAGUUUUAAUUUAUCUCAGAUCGUCAAUCUCCCAGUUUUCAUCCCAUUCCCUUCUCCAUCCCUCUCUCUCUCUCUCUCUCUUGCAGAGACUUUCUGUUCUUUUCCUGAAAUCUUGGGGGAUCUUUUCAAAAUAAGGGAGACUGAGAAUCAUGGAUGUUGACACGAUGAAAUCAUCAUCAUCAUCAUCAUCAGGAGAAGAAAACAUGGACAUGAUGACAAUGAUGAUGCAGAUGGAAAAGCUUCCUGAUUUCUGCGAGCCUUUCCACAGUACUUCUACUUCUACUUCUUCACUGCAAGAAAUCCAUUUCUCCAAUGGAAAUCCCAGUAGCAUUGUAACCUCACCGCCUAUUUAUCACAACCCACCACAUGCCUCUUCUCCUACACUCAUUACUCCACCUCAUCCCUCCAUGCCAUUUUUGCCCAUUCCAACGCAAGAACCCAUGACAGGAUCUUUUCAACCCAAUAUGUUCACUAGCAAAUUCAAGUGUCCACCUCCAUUCUCAAAUGCAAACUCAUUCUUAUCUUCAAUGGAGAAGAAGAACUCCACAGCCGCAAUUAGAGAGAUGAUCUUUCGCAUAGCUGCAAUGCAGCCCAUCCAUAUAGACCCAGAAUCGAUAAAGCCACCAAAGAGAAGGAACGUGAAGAUAUCCAAGGAUCCACAGAGUGUGGCAGCGAGGCAUAGAAGGGAAAGAAUAAGCGAGAGGAUAAGGAUUCUGCAGAGACUAGUUCCAGGAGGCACCAAAAUGGACACUGCUUCUAUGUUAGAUGAGGCUAUACAUUAUGUGAAGUUCUUGAAGAAGCAAGUGCAAUCUUUAGAGCAAGCUGGGGCUAACAGGCCAAUGGGUGGUUUUCCCUUCUCAGGAUUGACAAUGCCCAACAUGGGUUACUCUUCUUUGAUGAAUAAUUGUCAGGCAGCUCCAAAUAUGGUGGGCUCAAUGCAUAUGCUUAGAUGAGAGAGAGAGGGAGGGGGUUGUUUGGGAUUAUACAAGUUAAUUAAUUGCGUACUUGUGAUGGUUGUGAAGCUUGUAAAUUAAUUAAUCAAGUUAUUUU